AGUGUAAUGCACCUCUGUUGGGCGCGUGAAGGGAUAAAAUUUUGCUAACUGUUGACUCUCCCAACACUAAAAUUUUAGCGUCAACUAGCCCAACGGAUCUAUCCAUUCCCAAAUUAAAUUAGAACCCUAAUUUCUCCAUCUGAGACCCGUUUCUCUCUUCUUCUCUUUCUUCCUCUGUUCUUUAGUCUUCUUCCUUUGCUGUGUACAUCUUGUUUCGUUUUCUUGUUUCUUUUCUCAUAGUUGAAUCUUCUCUAUCUCGUUUUCUUCUUCUAAAAACAUUCAAAUGUCGCAAAAUUCGCAAAAUUCAGUGUACGAAGAGGAUCUUGAUUUAUGUUGUUGCGGUGAUUAUGCUAAGUUGAAGACCUCAACCACCCCAGCAAACUCAGGCCGCCGAUUUUAUGGUUGUAGAAUUUCAAGAAAAAAUGGUGGAUGUAAUUAUUUUAGAUGGUUUGAUGAUCCAUGUACGGGUCCAUCAGAGAGGGAGCAAUUACCAAGUCGGGCGAUGUUGCGUUUAAUGAGUGAUCGACUAAGAGUGAAAGUAAAAGAACUUGAAGAAGAAAGGGAUAAAUUAAAACAGAAAUUGAAGGAUGCUAAAGUGAAAAUGGAGUCUCUAGUAGUGAAUUGCAAAGAGGCUGAACAACAGAGGCAUUGGGCAAGAGCCAAAUCCAAGAUGCUUAUGUUUUUUUUGUAUUUUCAUGUGUAUAGUCUGGAUUAUGGUCGUGUAGUUCCGUGUAGUUUUAUGCACGGCUAAACUCGUAGUAGACUAGAUAAUGGUCUUACGUAUUGUAGUAGUAGAACAAGUUGCUUUUUUAUUGAAAUUUUGUAUUGAUCUCCCUGAAAUGUAUGGAGUUUUGAAGGCUGCUACUAUUUUUGCAAACGUGCUUAUUUUGCUUGUCUUCAUCUUGGAAGCCAUUUCAUUUCCUUGUAACUCCACUCCAAGAGGAUCUGCUAAUUUUGCUUUCUUUA